AUGACGUCAAUAGGCGACGUUGAAGUCAGGGCAAUCAUCAAGUUUUGUGUAGGAAUAGAAAAGACACCAACGGAGACGUAUAAAAUGAUUCAAGCAUCUCGUACAACAAAGAAAUGCUGUAGAUCGCUAGUAUUUAGAUGGCACGACAUGUUCCGAAACGGAAGAGAGUCAAGAGAGGAUGACAAGCGAUGCGGUCGACCUUCGGUGGUGAAAACUGGAGUAAAAGACAAGGAAAUCAAAGCACAGCUGCGUGGUCGACGCUUUGAUUCCGGGUGGGAAUUACAAAUUGAAACCAAGAGAAUAGUUUCGUCAUUCGACAACAUCUGGUACGUGGACACGUACGACAAUGGGUCAAGAGGCAUAGAUAAUGUAUCGCUGUGA